GUCUGUAGUCUAAACACUCAGGAAGAGAUGGAGCAUUUUCAGACAUGGUUAUCUGAGAACUAGAACAGUUGCGGCUCAGUUCUUACCUGUCUGGUGCUGGCCGGUGAGGGGUUUUCUCUUCUGGAGGGAUGGGUGCUCUACAGUCCUCACCUGGCCAACAGGAAUACGCUGAUCUGGCGGAAAAAACCGGCUUUUCCUUUGAACAGAUCGGAGUCCUGCAUAAAAGAUUCAAGCAGUUGAGUCACAAUGAAGAAACUCUGCGGAGAGAUCAUCUCAAUGGAAUUCCAGAUCUGGCAUGCAAUCCCAUCCGUUCUCAGAUCGUAGAGGCCUUUUUUGACAGAAGAAACUUCCGUCAGAAUGGGGAGGGUACAGUCGAUGAGAUCGGCUUUGAGGAGUUCCUGGUGGUCAUGUCCCAUUUCAGGCCCCCGGCGUUACACAUCACCGAUGAGCAACGAGAGAGCAUCCGGAGGGAGAAACUGAGAUUUUUAUUCAACAUGCAUGACACAGACAACGAUGGGACGAUAACCCUGGAGGAGUACAGACAUGUGGUUGAGGAGCUGUUAUCGCUCAGCGAGACUCUGGAGAAAGACACAGCCAAAAGCAUCGCUGAUGCCGCCAUGUUGGAGGUGGCCAGUAUCUCUAUGGGUCACAUGGAACCUGAUGAGUUUUACGAGGGAAUUACAUUUGAGCAUUUCUUAAAGCUGCUGAAUGGCUUUGAAAUUGAAUCAAGAAUGAGCAUUCGCUUCCUGUAUAUGGACACGGCAAACUUAUGUAAGUGACGGUCCCGUGGAAGUCUCUAAGAACGCAGACUCAUGGUUUCACUAUCUGUUUCUAACACCAGUCUCUCGCUUGCAUUGAUUUUAUGCCUUACUUAUAUGCAAUUAACUAUGCAAUUUAAAGAAUAUGUGUACAUGGCAGAUGUAGUAGGAGUAGUUUGUUUGAUUGUAAGCAGUAAUAGAUUUUCAGUCGAACAUUUAGGCUGUUAUUCAUAUGACUAAGCAAUAAUCAAAUAUGCAUGUCUGUAAUAGCAGACAGAUGAACUCUAUGCAUGCAGAAAUGAAUGCUUGAAGAACAUUUAUGAAUGUUAAUCAUAAAUGAAACACAAAAAUCAGGGAUAUGGAGAAUAUAUCUAAAUAAAUGUAUGUUUCUAUAGCAAU